UGCUUCUGCCCUAGCUAGCUUCUUCCUGUACCCGCGGCAUCCAAUCUUCCAUUCCCAUAUGCUUCUUGGAGCCACACUGCAUCUUUCAAACUCCUUUCUUUUCUUUAAUUUACCUCCUUAUUCCGCAGUCACCCUUCAUCGCUUCACUUGUUAAUCGACUCUAGUCUAAAACAAAUAGUAACAAGCCCAUCAUGUAAAUUACUUGGUUGCUAUCUGAUCACCGAUUAUUCCAAUGGCAGCAAAGUAGUUGACUUUCUGCAGAAACUCCCCAGAUUGAUUUCCUCGGAGCGUCAGUUCAUCCUCUGAUAGCUCAUUCAACAAGACCACAGCCAUGGAAGAAACAUUCGUACCUUUCGAAGGAAUCAAGAAUGACCUCAGAGGAAGGCUAAUGUGCUACAAGCAAGACUGGACUGGCGGAUUCAGAGCAGGCUUAAGGAUUUUGGCCCCCACCACCUACAUAUUUUUUGCUUCUGCGAUUCCUGUCAUUUCAUUUGGUGAACAAUUGGAGCGAAACACUGAUGGAGUUCUGACAGCUGUUCAGACCUUGGCAUCCACUUCAGUUUGUGGCAUUAUACACUCGAUAUUGGGGGGUCAACCUUUACUGAUUCUAGGAGUUGCAGAGCCUACUGUGAUCAUGUACACAUUCAUGUUCAACUUUGCUAAAGAGAGACCAGAUUUGGGCCGCAAUCUGUUUCUAGCAUGGAGUGGAUGGGUAUGUGUAUGGACAGCAUUGCUGCUGUUCUUAAUGUCCAUCUUGGGGGCUUGCUCUAUAAUCAAUAGAUUUACCCGAAUUGCAGGGGAGCUAUUUGGCCUGCUCAUUGCCAUGCUCUUCAUGCAACAAGCUAUCAAAGGACUAGUAGAUGAGUUUCGCAUACCACAGCGAGAAAAUCCAAAAUCAAUAGAGUUUAUACCUUCAUGGAGGUUCGCUAAUGGGAUGUUUGCUUUAGUGCUUUCGUUUGGCCUUCUCUUCACUGCGCUAAGAAGCAGAAAGGCUAGGUCAUGGCGUUAUGGUUCUGGUUGGAUUCGCAGCCUAUUAGCAGACUAUGGGGUGCCACUUAUGGUACUUGUCUGGACAGGGGUCUCGUACAUACCAGCUGGCAAUGUUCCACAUGGUAUCCCAAGGCGCCUCUUCAGCCCAAAUCCAUGGUCACCUGGUGCUUAUGAAAACUGGACUGUUGUUAAGGACAUGAUCCACGUUCCUAUUUUCUACAUCAUUGGAGCAUUUAUUCCGGCAACCAUGAUUGCUGUACUUUAUUACUUUGAUCAUAGUGUGGCAUCUCAACUUUCCCAACAGAAAGAGUUUAAUUUGAGAAAGCCAUCUUCUUACCAUUACGACUUGCUCCUGUUGGGGUUUCUGACCUUAAUGUGUGGCCUCAUUGGGAUCCCUCCCUCAAAUGGUGUCAUACCGCAGUCACCAAUGCAUACCAAGAGUCUGGCUACUCUUAAACAUCAGUUACUUCGCAACAGACUAGUUUCAACAGCACGUAAGAGUAUUGGGAAGAAUGCUAGUUUAGGACAAUUAUAUGGCAAUAUGCAAGAAGCCUAUCAUCAAAUGCAGACACCUCUAGUUUAUCAAGACCCCUCAGCUGGAGUACCAGGGCUAAAAGAAUUAAAAGAUUCAACCAUCCAAGCAGCUACAAGCAUGGGAAGUAUAGAUGCCCCAGUGGAUGAGACAAUUUUUGAUGUUGAAAAAGAAAUAGACGACCUAUUGCCCGUUGAAGUGAAGGAACAACGUCUUAGUAACUUGCUUCAAUCGACAAUGGUGGGAGCAUGUGUUGCAGCCAUGCCUUUCCUCAAGAAGAUACCAACCUCAGUCCUUUGGGGCUACUUUGCCUUCAUGGCUAUUGAGAGUCUUCCCGGUAACCAGUUCUGGGAGAGGAUCCUGCUUCUCUUCACUGCACCCAGCAGAAGAUUCAAAGUGCUUGAGGAUUACCAUGCUGCUUUUGUGGAAACUGUGCCUUUCAAGACAAUUGCAACAUUCACCAUUUUCCAGACUGUUUAUCUGCUAAUAUGUUUUGGACUAACAUGGGUUCCUAUCGCUGGCGUCAUGUUUCCUAUGAUGAUCAUGUUGCUAAUUCCAGUAAGGCAAUAUUUCCUCCCCAGAUUCUUCAAGGGAGCUCAUCUUCAAGAAUUGGAUGCAGCAGCGUACGAGGAGCAACCUGCUUUACCAUACAAUCUUGCAGCUCAAUCAGAAUUUGGUGGAGGUGCUUCUGGGAUUGGUGAAGGUGAAAUCCUAGAUGAUGUUAUCACCAGAAGCCGCGGGGAAUUUAGGCACACAAGCAGCCCUAAGAUAACAAGUUCCACACCCACACCAAAUAAAGAUCUGAUAAUGCAUCAGAGCCCAAGUCUAUCAUUCAAUUCUCGCAUGGGUGAGGUUACGACUGAGUAUAGCCCUCGAUCCGGUGCAAGAGGUCCUUACAGUCCAAAGAGCAGAGAAAUGAAACAAUCAACCCUGGGAAAAAGCCCUCUCAACCCAGAAUCAAAACAGCAGGAGAGGCACUAAAGGGGAAGUGAAGAUUUCACAGCUCUGAUCCCCCCACUUAAGACACUUCAGAAGGCUUAUUUGCUGCUUCUUUUCCAUUUUAGUUUGUUGUUUUGCGUGGAAUGGUUGUAACUCGUAAAGUCUUUUCCAUAUGGAUCCCCCACCAUAUGAAACAGACUCGAGGAGAUUUGUAAACUAAGUGUGAUGCUUUCUUAUGACAUCUAUAUAUACUAAUGGUUGUAAUUCUAUCUGUGCAAUUGUAUAUCAUCAGAUGUUUAUUUUAAUAGAUUCCGUAUUGUUGAGCCUCA